AUGUGGAUUAUAAACAAGAAGACCCUUGGAUUACAUGGAUUACAAAUCUGCAAAGAUGCGAAAGAUGAAGGAGGAGGCCCUGGAGUACUUGGAAUUCAAGAACUUAAAAGAAAGAAGAAAUAUGAUGGGGGCCUCCAUUCUGAAUAUGAAGGACUGGUGGAACUUUUGCAGCAGUUGUCUCUAAGUUUUCUUGUGGGAAGAAAAUCUGGCUUGACUGGGACAGAACUCCUUCGAGAUCCGAAGACCAACAUAAAGGACUACCAACAAAACCGGCGGAGAGGGACUGAAAGAGACUUGAAGGCCUCUGGAUGUGAGAAAUCCAGGCUAAGAACUGCUAUUGUAGAAAUGUACUUGGGAAGGGACGAACCGGGGAUGGGAGGGGGAAAAUAG